AUGGUUGGGGUGGUGUCGGACGACCAGGGCUUCCUGGACUCCAGGGACAACAUGAAGAUGCCCGUGGUGUUGGUGACUUCCUUGGCCAAUGGCGACCUGGCUCUCAAGUUUGGGUACUCCACGCCUGAUGGCAGCUGCCAGAAGAUGGACAUGACCCUCAGCAAGGGUGCCGUGGAUGGGCAGUUCAGCAAUGCCGCCAUGGCGCAGACCGACGUCCGAGUCGUGGUCACCGACUACAAGCACUUCGCCGUGCUGUACUUCGAGACGCAGAAGGGGGGCGUUAGGAACGUCUGGCUGCAGCUCUACGGUGGGCGGCCCCGAGCCCCAGAGCUGUUUCCCGAAGGUGCUCAGAAGAUGCAGCAGUUGGCACCCCAAGUGGGCCUGAACCCCAGCCAGGGCGCCCUGCUCCCCAAGUCGGACCAGUGUGCUGGUGCCUUCUCCUAG